GUUGGCUGCUGCCGGGAGACACGCAGUAGCACCAGGAAGAGAGAAGCACUGCGCUCGAGUGAGGAGUACAAAUUGUCUUUGUGGAAGAAAAGUUGCAGAGUCUUCGCUGAAUUUCCAUUUAAAAUGGAUUGGUCGUGUUUCAAACGAGAGCGUGAGGCGGCUGUUGUUAGAGUGUCAUUUAAUAGUAACUGAAUAAUUUGAAGGAAUAGUGUAUGUGUCCUAAUCCCGGAAGUGUCUGUUCUUUUCCAUACUGUCAGUAGAAACAGUCGCUUAAGUUUAUUUGCACACAUUUGUACAUUGUAAAAGGCAUAAAGGUUUUAAAAAAAUCAGAAAACCCAAAAUAAAGUGUCCAUUCUAUUAUGGACCGUAAAUGAUAAGGUUAGGAGCCUUUCCUUUUACGAAGAACAUGGCACGAUUAAGGGCUGUGCAAUUAUGGUUGAAUGUUUGUUUUUAGUGCGGUUUGCAAAUGUGGACGGUUUAAAUAUAUGUGUCAAGGACGCCAGGCAUUUCAGAUGCAACUCCCAGAUCUGUUGACGUAAAGUGCACAGCUUCCAUGCAUACGGUUGGUAUUGGGCCGUUCAAAGCUCGACGCGAACAAUGAGUGCCAAGUUUGGACUGAUAGACAUGAAAUACAACAACUCCAGGAAACACAUCUCCAUCUCUAUACCCUCCUCCACGACUGAAGCCAUGUCUCCUCACAUCAAGUCUGUGGAGGAGCUGCGAGUGCUGGGGAUCAAUCUCACCAGCUUCAGUCAGCCAGCCCAGUUUUUCAUCUGUGUCGCAGGAGUUUUUGUGUUUUAUUUGGUCUACGGUUACCUGCAGGAGCUUAUAUUUUCAGUGGAAGGUUUUAAACCCUUUGGGUGGUAUCUCACAUUAGUGCAAUUUGGAUUUUAUUCCACGUUUGGAUUAGUGGAAUUGCAGCUCACCCAGGAUAAAAGGAGAAGAAUACCUGGGAAAACGUAUAUGAUGAUAGCGUUUUUAACAGUUGGGACAAUGGGCUUGUCAAACACAUCACUAGGAUAUUUAAAUUAUCCAAUGCAAGUCAUCUUUAAGUGCUGUAAGCUCAUACCGGUUAUGAUUGGGGGUGUCUUUAUACAAGGAAAGCGUUACAACGUCAUGGAUGUGUCAGCUGCUGUUUGUAUGAGUUUGGGUCUCAUUUGGUUUACCUUGGCAGACAGUAAAAUAGCUCCAAACUUUAAUGUGACAGGGGUGCUGCUGAUCUCUCUGGCCCUCUGUGCCGAUGCUGCAAUAGGGAAUGUGCAGGAAAAGGCCAUGAAGCUGCACAAUGGUUCAAAUUCAGAGAUGGUCUUGUAUUCCUAUUCAAUAGGUUUUGUGUAUAUAUUAAUUGGCCUGUUCUUCAUGGGCGGACUAAGUCCUGCAGUGUCCUUUUGCUCUCAGCAUCCUGUGAAGACCUAUGGGUAUGCAUUCUUCUUCUCUCUCACUGGAUAUUUUGGCAUUUCAUUUGUGCUUGCAUUGAUCAAGCUCUUCGGUGCUCUUGUUGCAGUUACUGUGACCACAGGGAGAAAAGCAAUGACGAUCGUGCUUUCGUUUCUUUUCUUCUCCAAGCCUUUCACUUUUCAGUACGUGUGGGGUGGCCUUCUGGUCGUGCUUGGGAUUUUCCUGAAUGUUUAUAGCAAAAAUAGGGACAAAAUGAAAUUGCCGUCUCUGGCGGACGUGAGGAACAGGAUCUUAUCGGUAAAAAAGACAAGAUCGUUGUCUCAGACUGUGUGAACAGCACCUCAUCAUCGUGUCUCAUUCCUGGCUUAACGAAGAUGUCGGAGACCGGAAGCUCGGGGCUGAGGGUACAGUGCCCACAGAGAUCCUUCUUGAUAAUUGCUGGUUGGUGGCAGGAACUCCUGCAAGAGUUUUUGAAAGCAAAGGGAAUGGCUCACCUGGCCAGAGGACACAAUCCUGCUCUGGGAUUAAAUAUAAUGGCUAAUUUAAUUUUAAAUCAAGUUGGAAUCGGGGAACCUAAAAAAUGGCAUUCUUAAUGACUGUGUCCACAUUGAAUGUGUACCAAAACAUAUUCUAAACAACUUAUUUUCUACUGUAAAUGACAGAGGUGUCAAGAGAUAUGUAUGCAUCCCAUUACAUUUAUAUAUAUGUUG